AUGUCGCAGAAAAAUGUUUAUAAGUGGUACAAAGACUUCAAAGAGGGUCGAGAACGUGUUGAUGACUUGGAGCACUCCGGACGACCAUCGACGUCAACAGAUGAACAACACGUCAAUAAAGUCAAGGAGUUAGUGCUCAAAAAUCGUCGGUUGAUUGUUAAAGAUCUUACUGAUAUGAUAGAAAUAUCAGAAGGAUCUGUGAAAACCAUUUUGAAAGAUCAUUUGGGGCUACGAAAAGUGAAAUCUCGUUUGGUACCGAAAACUCUCAAUUACUGCACUCGUUCUUCGUGA